AUGUGCUUUGGUUGUGACGAUGACGAAUCUGACAUCUGGCUCAGCAUUGAGAAUGGCACAUAUGUGCCAGCUCCACCUAUGAUCUACAUGCCAGGACUACGACAGAUCCACGACCGCAUUCAUCAUCAAGCAGGCAGCAAGAAGUCUUCUUACCUUCCAUCUAGCCAUGAUGUAGUCCGGCUACCCGUGACUUUGAACGAGCCACCCUCCGUUCCACUAUCUCUAAUCCCUGCUCCGCAACCUCAGAGCACGGAAUCCACGCCGUCGACUUCAACGCAGCCCACUCCCGAACAGUUAACCCCAGAAUCAACUACGCCAACUGUCACCGAUGAUCUGGAUCAGGUGUCUGCCUCAACAGCGGAUAAUACCCUUCCGGAAUCUCCAGAAGUGCGCUCAGGCUCAAGCCCACGCCAGAAGCGGCCGGAAGCAUCAGUGCAGACGUCUUACGAGAAUCAGGGUCAAGAGCAGCCACAUAGUCCACUCCCUGUGGACGCGGGAGCUCCUGCCUCAGUUAACAGUGCCGCUUCUUCAUCGUCAAAUGAUACUCCGCUGAGCCCAUCUAACUCGUCCUCCUCGCUACACUCGAUCCUGAAGAAACCUUCUAACUCAACAUCGGAGGGCAUAGAAUCCGAGACAAGCAAUCAGCUUGGUAAAGGGAAGCAUAAGAACGAGAAAAGGGCACCGCGACUCAAAGUCAAGAAGUCUGUUUCAUUUGCUGAAGAUACGACCGUGCCAACACCUGAGCUACCGCACGAAACGCAAAAGUCAUGUCUAAUGACGGCAGCAGAAGAAGGCGCGAUUAUUGCAAGGAAGCUUGCUGAGAAAAAGUCUGCAUCGCACGGUAGGGGAAAAGUAUCCGAAGAUUCUGGAGGCGGCGAUGGAAGCGCGGAUCUGAGACGUAACUCACGUGUUUCCAGGCACGAGCACGGCCUCAUGAGCUCAGCUCCGGGAAUGAAGAAGAUACUGAGGCAGACCAUGGCCCCGAAUGGUGGGACGGGAGCCUUGCGCGGUGAGUGUGAAGGCAGAAAGGGAGCUGACAGGCAACAGGCUGGGAGAGUAGGACUGGCUCGAUCUUUGUUCCCUGGUAAGCACGACGAGAGCUGUAUUGAUGAUGAGAUACCAAGGAGGUGGCCAUGA